AUUUAGGUUGUUGGAAGCAGUUGGAAGUAGUGUGUGAUCAACGCGUUCAGCGGAAGUGGACCAAAGCAGACCGAAGUAGAUUGCGGAUUGCGUUCAAGUGCGACUCCAGGCGAUAUGACGAUUGAGAAAAGUCGUAUGGUACCAAUUAUUGCUAAUAUUUUAUAAAUAAUUUCGGUUGUUCAUUUUUUUCACAUGUUUUUCGAUAAAUGUAACUAAAAUAGUUUUAUUUUUGUCACUGUUAAAGCUAGUGUUGAGUUUAUAAGAAAUAAAAACAUUUUGUUGGUUAAGUUUUUAUUGCGUGCACGAUGAAAUUCUAUAAGGAACGACUUUUAAGCGAUGUACAGUUGAAACGGUUAGGUGAACAUAAGUAUUCCUGUACUAGCAACAGCAUAUGUGAUACAUUACUGCAACCUUGGUGGAAUUGGCUAGUAUCAAAAGUACCCAUUUGGCUAGCACCAAAUUUAAUUACAUUAAUUGGACUAUUUGUUAAUAUUUCAACAACUCUUAUACUUGUAUGGUAUUCACCAGAUGCAAAGAGUGAAGCUCCACGAUGGACAUUUGCAUUGUGUGGAUUUGGACUGUUUGUUUACCAGAGUUUAGAUGCAAUUGAUGGAAAGCAGGCCAGGAGAACAGGUAGUGCAAAUCCACUGGGAGAGCUCUUCGAUCAUGGUUGUGAUUCAGUUUCAACAAUAUUUGUUGCCUUAUCUGCUUGCAUUGCUGUUCAAUUGGGCAACUAUCCUGAGUGGAUGUUCUUUCAAUGCUUUUGUGCUAUGACAUUAUUUUACUGUGCACAUUGGCAGACUUAUGUCUCUGGAACAUUAAGAUUUGGAAAGGUUGAUGUAACAGAAGCCCAAUAUACCAUUAUUGGACUCCAUACUGUUUCAGCACUGUUUGGAUCAAAUAUUUGGAAGACUAUGUUGUUUAACAGCCCUUUAGAGCUAUGGUGUGGAAUUCCAAUAUUCACAACUAUUUGUGGCUUAUGGUCACUUGUAAAUAUGUUGAAAGUGAUUUUCACUGGAGGAGUUGGCAAAAAUGGCUCAACCGUUGCAGUAAGUUGUGAAUGGUUAAUGAGUAUGUUAAUAUGCAUCGUAUUUUACAUUGGAUAUGCUCAUCUUUGUAUCCAGUGUGUACAAAGAAUAUUUAAAGGCGGCUGUGGUAAAAACGGCUCAUCAGUGGCAAUUCCCGGCUUGGAGGUGGAGCUGCAACUGUUGCCAGUAUACUUUGCUUGUCUAGUAGCUGUAAAACUAGCGUACGCCAAUUUAGUGAUCGUUUUCUCCGGCGGAGCAGGGAAGAAUGGAUCUACGGUCGCCGGCACAAGUGUAUUGUCUCCAAUUAUUCCGUUUUCAACAGUUUUAUUGCCAGCGUUCAUAAUAUACAAAAAGUCGACAGAAGCUGUGUACGAAAAUAAUCCUGCAUUAUAUACGAUGGCCUUUGGUUUCGUCGCUGCCAAAAUAACAAAUAGAUUAGUGGUAGCUCACAUGACAAAAAGUGAAAUGGAAUAUAUGGAUUGGUCCCUUCUGGGGCCAGCAAUGUUAUUUUUAAAUCAAUAUUUCAGCACGUUUAUUCCUGAAUAUUUUGUGCUAUGGUUAUGCAUGGUAUAUGUGACAUUGGAUCUAUUGAGAUAUUGUUAUCAAAUAUGCAAUGAGAUUUGCCUAUUUUUAAAUAUUGAAUUAUUCAGGAUAUCUUAUCCAGGUGGGCAACAACGUGUAACUUCAAAUUUAGAGAAGAACGGUACGAAUAUUUCGAAAACACUGAAAGUACGUCGAAGUAAUAAGAAUCACUAAAAUCGUCGAGUAAAAAUUUUUUACGUGGAAGCUCGUUAUAUAUUUUAUUGUAAUUAUAUAUUUUAAAGACGGACAAUUACUUAAACAAUACAAUUGCCGUGCUCAAAGUUGUUUUCUGUGAAGAAUCUUUACUUAAAUUCGUGGAUAAUUUACGGUUUGGUUAAAUUAACAAAAAAAAAUAGGUGUUUGAUUUUUAAUGUUUGCAAAUAUUGCCAUGUCUAUAGUUACAUAAAAAAUGCACUUUUCUUGUAUAUGAAAUAAAUUUUUACAUUUCCUAAAAAUAA